AUGGGCUUGAUGAGCGGGUGGGGAGAGCAACAUCAACUUCUGAUGCAUCAGUGGGUUUCACUUCCAUUUGCAUUGAUGUUUUAUUUCCUGGCAAAACGGGGACACCUCUCCUUAACAAACCGGUACCUGUUCUUGUCCUUCGGCGGAUGUGUCUUGGCUGUUGCAGCAAUGGGCGUUUACAGCUUGCUCCUGUUCACAUCCGCCAUUGUCUUUGCACUGACCGUGGUCCGCGCGGACCCCCGUCACAUCCAUUCUUGGGUAUUCUGCAUACAAAUGACCUGGCAAACCUUCUGGCACCUGCUCAUGCAGUACAGGAAACACCGCCACCACGAGCCUGCUGACAUCAGAUUGUUUACGGCAGUGUCCUCGCUGAUGCUGCUCACCCAGAGAAUGACCUCGUUCUCCAUGGAUCUACAGGAAGAGAGAGUCCCAUCGCCACCUGAAGCGUCGCCCCAGAACAGAGGCAGGGACCUACUUCUCCCUCUCAGCAGCUAUGUCCUAAACUUCACCACCCUCCUUGGUGGGCCGCUGUUCUCUUACGACCGAUUCAUAUCGCUAAUCAAGGGAAUUAGUGUUAGCCCUCCACCCAAUCCAUUGGGCGUCGUAACACUCAAGGUGGUGCAGGUUUCAUUGUUACAGUGGCUGAGGUAUUGUGUCGUUUACUUUCUCACACGUCACGCAGCUGAUCCUGCAGAUUUUGGUGUCCCAGUUGGCACCCUAUGGAUCUGGAGUCUGGGAGUGGGCUUCAGGCUCCAAUACUAUUCACACUGGAAGAUCAGCGAGUGCCUCAAUAAUGCAGCCGGGCUUGGAUUCUGGGCCAAGUCACCAGCCGACACCCCGGACUGGCGCAUGCUAUCCGACGGGGAUCUCUGGACCACCGAGAUGUCAAGCCGAGUCUCGGUGUUCUCCCGCCGGUGGAAUGCCACGACGGCUGCAUGGCUGCGCAGACUGGUUUUCCAAAAGUUCCAAACAUUUCCGGUGCUGAUGACUUUUGGGUUCUCGGUGUGGUGGCAUGGUCUGCACCUCAGCCAGUUUGUGGGGUUUUUCACUUGGGCAGCAGCGGUGCAUGCAGACUACCGCAUACACCGGCACGUGUGCCCCAAGCUAACCUCGACUUGGAGGAAAACGGUGUACAAAUGCCUCAGCUGGAUAAACACACAAAUAACUAUAACCUUUGUGGUCAUAGCAGUUGAAUCAAGAGAUAUACCCUCUCUGAGGCUUUUGUUUGUCACAUACUUGGGUCCCGUUUUUACUACCAUUCUACUUUUCAUCUUAUUAAGUUUCUGA